AUGGCAACAGGAAACAGCAGAGCAAAAUGUUCUAUUUGUAAUAAAGCAAAUGCAGCAUGUCUUUGCUCAGGAUGUUCAAAAGAAUUUUGUUUCCAACAUUUAACAGAACAUCGACAAAUUCUUCGUAACCAAUUAGAAGAUAUUAUCAAUAAUCAUGAUCAACUUCAACAAAAUAUUAUUCAACAAAAACAAAAUUCACGAAAUUCUUCUUCAAUUCUACGAAUAAAUCAUUGGGAAACAAGUUCAAUUCAUCAAAUUCAACAAACAGCACAACAAUGUCGAGAAACAGUGAUAAAAUUCACACAAAAGUUGAUCAACGAUACUGAAAAAAAGUUCAUUGAAUUAUCUCAAAAAUUAAAAGAAAUUUACGAAGAAAAUGAAUUUAAUGAAAUUGAUUUAAAUCAUUUUCAAUUAAAAUUAACACAAAUUAAACAAGAAUUUCUUCAACCAUCAAAUAUUUCUAUUCGACGAGAUUCACAAGAAUUUAUCAACAAAAUUUCAGUUAUUUCAUCAUCAGGUAUGUUUAUUCAAUUAUUUUAUUUCGAGAAAAAAAAUGAAGUAUUACUUCAAGUUUUUCGUAUUACAAAUUAG